UCGGGAUCUAGAGCAGAUUGUGAGAGACGGAUUGAGCACGCUCGUGUUUGCUUUUGGUUACAAGGUUGGGAUGAUUGACGCCUUCAUUGAAAUCGAACAGCCAUGUACAGCAGAGGAACUUAGUCAGUAAUCAGGCCAAAAGUUAAGGUACACACAAGAAUGGCUUGGGGGCAUGAUUUCUGCAGGAAUUGUCAAACUUCACGAGGACGACAAAUACUCACUCCCAUAUGAAAAACCUCUGCUGAAAAGAUGGGGUCAUGCCGCCAGUGUGCUCCUGGUAUUUAAUGAGAUGUUCCCUCAACUGGAGAAAGUCAUGGCAGAAGAUGGACCAAAGGGAUACGGAUACUAUGAUUCAUUUCUCAGGUGGAUGGAUACAUACCGCACAACAGAAAUCUUUCAAGAAUGGAAUAAAAUUCAUCUCAUUCCAAUAUUAGAAUUUAAACAAGGGACUGAGUUUACACUGCUAGAUAUUGGUUGUGGAUGUGGCCAACAUAUUAGAGAGGCAGCCAAACUGUACCCUAACUGUAUGUUUUACGGUAUCGACUCAGAUACACCUUCCAUAGAUCGAGCAAUCAAAGAACAGGGCGACCAGAAAAAUAUCAUCUAUCAUCAUAUGAGAGGGGAACAACUCUCACAGGAAUGGAAAGAAAAAUUUGAUUUUGUCUUAAUGAACGAAGUUCUUCAUGUUGCGUCUGACGUCGAUGGAAUUCUGAAAGAGGCAAAGCGGGUCCUCAAACCAGAUGGUUACGGAAUAACGUAUGAUCCCCCUGUUUCUUCAGACCCCCAAAAGCAAGCUAACAAUUCCACGGCACAGUUAUUUUUUCCCUUUGGUCUCUUUACUUGUCUUCCUGCUUGUUUAUCUGACCCCUCGGGUGAAGGACGCGGAGUCGGGUGGGGCUAUGAGCAUAAGAAACAGAAAAUAGAAGAGUAUGGAUUUCGAGUGAUAAAGAUUGGCCAAAAGGAUACUGAGGCAGUGCAAGCUGGAAUUAUUUUUCAAAAGUGAUAUUUCCAUUUUUAAAAUAAGAGUAUUCAUUGUAAUUUCAAGUUGGGCUUAUAAUUAUCAAG